AUGGUGCUUCAUCAUCAACACGGAGUGAAAGGAGUUUACAGAGGAGGUGAAUGGCUCGAUAUCGAAGAUUGUGACGAGGUCUUUACCGGCAUUGAAGACCAAUGCUCCGGUUGCAAGAUUGAAGGAGCAUGCCCACGAUCCCGUUCUCGUCCCAAUGCUUCUUCCAAAAAGAGUAAGGGAACUGAUUACGAUGUGGUGAUUAUUGGUGCCGGCUGCGUUGGUGCCGCUGUGGCACGUGAGCUGUCAAGAUAUGACCUGACUGUCUUGAUGGUGGAGGCUGCCGACGAUGUGACGCAGGGUGCCACCAAGGGGAACUCGGGUAUUGUCCAUGCCGGAUAUGAUGACAAGCCAGGUACCAAUCGUUCCAAGUAUUGCUGGCCAGGAAACCAAAUGUUUCCUCAAUUGGACAGAGAACUCAAUUUUGGAUAUCAAAAGAAUGGAAGUCUGGUCUUGGCCACCAAUAAUGAUGAAGUCAAAAUCUUGAACGACCUGUUGAAGCGAGGAGAAACCAAUGGAGUCAAGAAUCUAAGAAUCAUUGAUAAGAAGGAGCUCUUUGAAAUGGAGAAAUUUGUCAAUCCCAAGUCGAUUGCGGCCUUGUAUUCUCCAGAUGCUGGAAAUGUAAUUCCAUAUGAAUUUACCAUUGCCUUGGCCGAAAAUGCCGUGGACAAUGGAGUCGAACUUCGCAUUCGUCGCGAAGUGACUACCAUUCAACGUAUUACUGAUGGAUUUGAACUAACAAUGAACUAUUGGGAGCCCAGGGACUAUGCCAUUUUCAAGAAGGAUGGGGAUCAGCGAAAGAUUACAAAGGUCGAAAUGUUCAUUAUUAUUGUCUUCCCCAUGGUGGGCAUUGGCAUUUCCUCAUACUUGGGAAUUAUCCAACCUGAAAAGUUCAUUCCCAAAAUUGUGACAUUCAUGGCAGUCAUGGUUGGUAUUUCCAUGCUCUUCAACUGGUAUUUUGUUCCAGCCACCGUGUUUGUGCGAAGACACACAAAUCUUAUCCCUUUGGUCGCAAAGGCUGGCAAACUUGAAAGUGAAAAAGGUCCCAAAGUGACGGUUGCGGACAUGAAGGUGGGUGGCAGUGGAUCCAAGGAGAUUCAAAAAGGACUCACCAUGGAGAAUGAAAAGGUCACGGCCAAAUUCGUCAUUAACUGUGCAGGAAGUUAUUCCGACCAGAUUGCUCGAAUGAUUGGUGACAAGAGCUUCAAAAUCAAGCCACGACUUGGAGAUUAUCUACUGUUGAAUCGUAACCAAGGACAUCUUACGACUAGGACACUAUUCCCAUGCCCCGAUCCUGUGUUGGGCAAGGGAGUCUUGGUACAAACAACACUUUGGGGGAACUUGAUCUUGGGGCCAACGGCUAGAGACACCAGCGAUCCUGCUGCAUGGGGAAUGAAGCGAAACGAAAUUCAGCACUACAUUUUGAGCAAGUGCAAGAACUUGCUCGCAGACUUUGAUCCCAAGGAGACAAUUCACGCAUUUUGUGGAGCCCGCGCAAAAAGUGACAGAGGUGAUUGGAUCAUUGAAAACUCGUCAGUGGAUGGCCGCAUGAUUCACGUGGCUGGAAUUGAUUCCCCUGGAUUGGCCGGAUCACCUGCUAUUGCUUUGGAGGUGGUGCGACUUCUGGAAGAGUCUGGAUGUGAAUUAAAGAAGGACCCAACCUUCAACCCCAGGCGUGCACCCAUCAUCACACCUAAGAAUGGUAUGAGAGGUCUCAAGAUGGGUGUAGUUGGACUGCAUGAUUCUUAUGAUCAAACCAACGAAGCCGUCAUGGCCAAGAAUGUUAUUUGCAAGUGCGAAAAGGUGACAGAACUCGAAGUCGUCCGCGCCUUGCGUCGCAGUUUGCCCAUUGACUCGUCUCAGGGCAUUCGAAAACGGACCAGAGCCGGCAUGGGACAUUGCCAAGGAGAUCCUAAGAACUACAAUUGCGAGGCUCGUGUGAGAGCUAUUAUUGCACGAGAGACUGGCAUGCCCAUGCGCUUUGUCGGUGGCCGUCCAUGGCCAGCCACUUCCACCUUGAUGCAAAGAUGGCCGCAGGAAGAGGAGUUGAAUGAACUAGAGCGUCUGAAGAUGUAA